AUGGAGGCAAAACCUUUGUUCAACGUGCAGAAGGCUCUGGUGCAGCCCGUGCAGAUGUGCAUGUUGGAUAUCCCCCUGAGCGUGCAGGAUGAUGAUAGCUCCACACAGGAGAUUGGAGAAGAGCUGGAGGAUGGUGUGAUCUACAGCAUAUCGCUCCGGAAAGUGCAGCUCCACCACACGGCCAACAAAGGGCAGCGAUGGCUGGGGUUUGAGAACGAGUCAGCCCUAAACCUCUAUGAGACGUGUAAGGUGCGGACGAUAAAAGCUGGGACCUUGGAGAAGCUGGUGGAGUACCUGGUCUCAGCCUUCAAGGGCAAUGAUUCCACUUAUGUCACCAUCUUCCUGUGCACUUACCGGGCCUUUGCCACCACCAAGCAAGUGCUGGACCUGCUGCUUAACAGAUAUGGCAAACUCCACGUGCAGGUGAAUGGGGACCAUGCCAGGCACGCUGUGGACGAGAGGAUGGAGCUGAAGAACACCAUCUCCUCCAUCCUGGGGGCCUGGCUGGACCAGUACUCAGAGGAUUUCCGCAAGCCCCCAGACUUCACCUGCCUCAAGCAGCUCAUCUCCUACGUGCGCCACAACAUCCCCGGCUCCGACCUGGAGCGCCGGGCCCGCAUCCUGCUGGCCCAGUUCCAGCAGCAGGAGAAGAGCGAGUCCGAGGCAGAAGCUGUGGACCAUGGCAGCUGCACCUUCCAGCUGGCGGAGGAGAAUGGGGUUGGGGAUGGGAAGCCAGAUUUCCUCUCCUUCUCCCCAGAGAUGGUGGCAGAACAGUUCACACUGAUGGACGCUGAGCUGUUUAAGAAAGUGGUGCCUUACCACUGCCUGGGCUGCAUCUGGUCCCAGCGAGACAAGAAGGGCAAAGAGCACCUGGCUCCCACCAUCCGGGCCACGGUCUCCCAGUUCAACAGUGUGGCCAACUGUGUCAUCGCCACGUGCCUCGGGGACCGGUCCCUGAAGCCACAGCAGAGGGCAAAAGUGGUGGAGCGGUGGAUCGAGGUGGCUCGGGAGUGCCGCAUCCUGAAGAACUUCUCCUCCCUCCGAGCCAUCCUCUCAGCCCUGCAGUGCAACGCCGUCCACCGGCUGAAGAAGACCUGGGAUGAGGUCCUGCGGGAGAGCUUCCGCACAUUCCACGAGCUCUCGGAGAUCUUCUCCGACGAGAACAACCACUCUCUGAGCCGGGAGCUCCUCAUUAAGGAGGGCACAUCCAAAUUUGCCACCUUGGAGAUCAACCCAAAGAGGGCUCAGAAGCGGCAGCAGCAGCAGCGAGAGAUGGGCGUGAUGCAGGGCACCAUUCCCUACCUUGGCACCUUCCUCACGGACCUGGUGAUGCUCGACACCGCCAUGAAGGAUUUCCUGGAUGGUGGGCUGAUCAACUUUGAGAAGAGAAGGAAGGAGUUUGAAGUCAUUGCCCAGAUCAAACUGCUUCAGUCAGCCUGCAACAACUACAGCUUCACGCAGGAGGACCAGUUCGUGGACUGGUUCCACAGCCUGGAGCGGCUCAGCGAGGCCGAGAGCUAUGGGCUGUCGUGUGAGAUCGAGCCGCUGUCAGAGUCAGCCAGCAACACGCUGAAGGCGAAGAAGAACACGGGCAUCAUCAAGCGAUGGAGCGAGUGAGUCUGCCUGUCCCGGGGGGAGGUGGGGGUCAGCACGGGGCAUCCCUGGCUGAGUUGGGGGUGGUCCUGCCAGCCAAAUGCGCCCUCACCCUGCUCUUGUGCCUCAGGUGGCUGUAGUUGUGUCGGUCCCCCAUUGUCACAGGUCAGUGAGAUCCCUCUGGCCUCCCUCCCCCAGCGCUGGUACGCCCCGUCUGUGGCCGAUGGAGAAGCUAAACCCACUGUGUCCUCCGCAUCCCCUCUCCUCCCUGCCCUCCAGUUCUGGGAAUCCACCUCCCUCUCCUCCCUGGACACGUCAGGCAUCGGCUCAGGCUCCAGCAGUGCCUCCUCCUCCUCCGUCUCCUCCACGCCGGUGACGGCCUCCCGCACACACAAGCGCUCGGUCUCCGGCAUCUCCAGCUACUCCUCACUCUCGCUGCCCCUCUACAACCAGCAGGUCGACGACUGUUGCAUCAUCCGUGUCAGCCUGGCUGUGGACAAUGGCAACAUGUACAAGAGCAUCCUGGUGACGAGCCAGGACAAGACCCCAGUGGUUAUUCGCAAGGCCAUGGCCAAGCACAACUUGGACGGGGACCGGCCUGAGGACUACGAGCUCGUCCAGAUCAUCUCGGAGGAGAGAGAGCUGAAGAUCCCCGACAACGCCAACGUGUUCUACGCCAUGAACUCCGCUGCCAACUAUGACUUCGUGCUCAAGAAGCGGGGCUUCUCCAAGGGGGUGAAGAUCAAGCACGGCUCCAGCUCCACCCUGCCCAGGAUGAAGCAGAAAGGCCUGAAGAUCGCCAAGGGCAUCUUCUAGCCUCAGCCCCACUGCCACCCAUCACCGACGGGGCCUUGGGGGCAGGCUGCUCCGGGCUUGGCCGUGGCCAGUCCUUGUGCCGCCCUGCACGGGAGAGGAGCCACCCCCGCCUGGGGGCACGGCCGUGCAUCCCCCUCCUCCCGCACCGAGCCGGGCUGUUGGACAACUGGUGUCGGCCUCUGCCUCUCUCUGCACAAGCCCCCAUUCCAAUCAGGUCUUUUUUUUCCUACCCAGGAAGGCAGCAGCGGGGGGAUAUCUCUAUUUUUUUUUGUUGUUUUAUUUUUUAAAACUUCCACGGUGCGCCACUCGUCCAGCCCCGGCCAGCCCAGAGCUGGAGCCCGCCUCUGCCGUAGGUGCCUUGUGUCCGAGCGAGCCGGGAGCGGCGACUCGCAGAGGGGCUGUUGGACAGGAGCAGAGCAUGAGCCACCACCCUGGGGCUGCACAGGCUCCCACCCGGCGCAGUGCUCUCCUCCCCAGCUUUCCUGGUGGUUACCUCCACGUCUUUCCUCCCUGGGAUAGCCGGCAUCGCCACCACCGCACAUCUCCGCCCAUCCUUCCCUUGGGAGAAGCCACGGAUGCCCCGGGCUGGGAAGAUGCAGCCCUGUGCUCAGAGCCCUGUGGAGGAGGGCUGUGUCUGUGCCGUGAGGGAGUGGAUGCCCUGUGCUCUCCACAGCUGGAAGCCUGCGUGGUCUCGCUCCUCUCCCGAUCCAGCGCUUCCUCCAGCUGGACUUGGAAUGGCCCGUGUUCAAACUUGCACCAAAGAUCAAAUGCCAGUGUCUCUUCUGCCGUCGGGGGAAGCUUCGGGCCGUGCCCCCAGCGCUGCCAGCCUAACGAGGAGGAGGAGAGCAAAGUUCUGAACUCGUGUAAAUAAGAGAUUUUGGGUCUGCGUGGGCGAGCGAGGAGCUGGAGAGCUCAGCAUGCUCCCGGUGCCCCGGCUGCCACUGCCUGACCCUCAGAAAGUGCCACUCACCUUGGGCUUUAACCAGACUUUUUCAAACACUGACCAUGGGAGAAGCAGCAAUGAGACUUUUUUUGUAUAAAACAAAAAGGUUUACUGAUUUUUUUUUUUUUCAGUAUUUAUUGGUUGUAAAUAGAAGAGGCAAACUUGUACAUUUUACUAAUCCAGCUUCCCCCUGCCCUGCAGCCCAGUCCCUCUCCUGUCCCCACCCUGGUAUUUAAGGCUGCUGGGAGGGACAUUGGCAGCAGCAGCAGCUUUGCUCUGCUGUGCUCAUGGGGUGCAGACCCUGCCAGUCCCCCCCUCCCAAAUUUCUACCACUAGUUGCUCGAGCAGGGGCAGUUGCUUGUUUUAAUCAUUGUAGGAAACACUAACCAAAGGGGGACCUUCUGUUGCUCCUGGCUCUAUCUCUGUUUUUUAAGCGCUUCAUUCCAGCAGAUCUUUUCUCUUCCCCGUCUGUCGGAGCUGCCAGGUGGGUUCGGUGCCUUCCUCAGCUCCAGGAGAAGGACCACGCUCCAGGGGCCAGGGCUGGUGACAGGAGGUGGGCUGCAGGUCCCUGGCACCAGGUGGGGAAGAGGCUGCUUGGGUGUGAGUGUGGCUUCCCCAGCCCUGCGUCCCCACUGCCCAUUGCUGCACAUGAUGGGAGCUCCUGGCUCCCUGACGCAGGGGCAGCCUCCUGCCUCCCACCCUGCCCAAAGCCCAGCCCCUUCCCUUGGGCACCAAAUUCCCUCUGCCAGCUCCUGCCUACCCUGGGACUGUCCCCUCCCUUCCCACCAGUGUCCCCAGCAGCCCAGUGUCACUGGAGGGACUGGCUGUACCAUAUGUAUUUUGUACCACUUCAAUGAAGGACACACUGCCCAGUGUGACUUGUACACAGCAAUGUAAUUAGUCUUUGCAAUAAAAUACUGAUGCUCAAA